CUUCUCACAGAUUUGUAUGAAAAUACAGAAGAAAUUCAGAUACCCUUGGAGGAACUCCUGAUGACACACAAAGAUGAAGAACCCUCUUCAUAUCAAGAGGGAAAGCAAAACCCAAAUUGGGUAGAAGCGAUGAAGGCUGAGAUGACUUCGAUUGAAAGGAAUAACACGUGGAAUCUUGUCGAGCUACCAAUUGGUCGAACACCGAUUGGGCUGAAGUGGGUGUUUAAAGUCAAACGAGACCCAACUGGGAAAAUAGUAAAACACAAGGCGAGAAUCGUGGCAAAAAGGAUAUGUUUAGAAACAGGGGAUCGACUUUGAAGAAGUAUUCGCUCCAGUCGCGAGAAUAGAAACGGUACGUGUUAUCAUUGCUCUUGCAGCCUCAUUUGGGUGGCAGGUACACCACCUCGAUGUGAGAUCUGCAUUCCUAAAUGGGAAAUUAGAAGAAGAGGUCUAUGUGUCUCAACCGGAGGGUUUUGAGAAGAAAGGUGAAGUGAACAAGGUGAAUAAAUUGUCAAAGGCAUUGUAUGGUCUAAAGCAGGCACCCAGGGCCUGGAAUGCCUGCCUUGACAAGUACCUAAAGAGACUGAACUUUAAAAGGUUUGCGCAAGAGUAUUCAAUGUACACUAGGAAGAAAGAUGGAAAUACCCUGAUUGUUGGGGUAUAUGUCGACGAUCUGUUGGUUACAGGGAGCUGUCAAGAGGCUGUGAAGAAGUUCAAACUAGAGAUGAAUGAAAGGUUUGAAAUGAGUGACCUUGGGCCAUUGGCUUAUUACUUGGGAAUAGAAGUAAAUCAGCAGGAGAAUUGCAUUACUCUCAAACAAGAAGCAUAUGCCAAAAACCUUCUAGCUAAAACUCAAAUGCUAGCCUGUAACCCUACCAAAAGCCCCAUGGAACACAAGAUAAAGCUCCUUAAAGAUGAAGAGGGAGAACCUGUCAAUCCCACUGAAUACAGGAGUAUAGUGGGUGGACUCAGGUAUUUGACACACACUCGCCCUGAUAUCACGUUUGCAGUUGGUGUAGUCAGCCGUUUUAUGGAAAAACCUACUAUGAAACACCUUUAGGCAGUAAAGGGAAUACUUAAGUACAUUAAAGGUACCACAGACUA